AAAUCUGCUUGGGGGAAAUAAGGAGUGGCUUCAGCCAGUUACUUUGAAGAAACAACUAAAAAAUAUUCACUGCAAUCAUAAAACAGUUGAAGAUUGCUAACAAUACUGCAACUGUGGCCAUCAACCAGAAAGCUGUGCUGGACCUGCUGUACAAUGAUAAACCUUAACAAAUUCAUUCCUUAUUGGCUCUUCUUGUUUUCUUUAAAUGCAUACGUUACUGCAGAAAAUAUAAGUGUGCCUGUAUAUGGAGCCCUGGGGCACUCUGUGUAUCUGCACUUCAAUACGACUUUGAACAGCAGUGUUCAUGUGAAAUGGAAGCAGGGAGUCUCACCCAUUGGUGCGUUUAAGGAUAACAAAAUGGUCUUCACUAAUCCUUAUAUAAACAGGGCUGAGAUUUUUGCUAAUGGAACCCUCAAACUGGACAGAACUCAGAAAAAUGAUUCAGGAGAUUACUCUGUGGAUGUGUUUACUACUGAUGGAACUAACAUAUUUAAAGGAAGCAUGCAGGUUUAUAUUCAAGAGGCUGUCUCCCAGCCUGUGGUACACUCCACCUGUCUGUCCCAUGGGAAGGUGCUGCUGGUCUGCACAGUGGAUAAAGGGGAUAAUGCUUCAUUUAACUGGAGUUUAGAAGGAGUGCCACUGAAUACCAGUCUUGCUUACUUUAGUGAUGAAGAACAUGUUGUAAUAUUGAAGAAGCAUGUCUCUGGUAAUCUUGUCUGCAUUGCUACAAACCAAGUCAGCACAAACCAGAGUGACUCUGUGAUACCAAACUGCUCAGAGCCUGUCUCUAAGCCUGUGGUACACUCCAGCUGUCUGUCCCAUGGGGAGGUGCUGCUGGUCUGCACAGUGGAUAAAGGAGAUAAUGUUUCAUUUAACUGGAGUUUAGAUGGAGUGCCGCUGAAUACCAGCCUUGCUUAUUUCAGUGAUAAAGAACACAUUGUAAUAUUGAAGAAAAAUGUCACUGGAGAUCUUGUCUGCAUUGCUAAAAAACAAAUCAAUGAAGAGAAGAGUGAUUUUAUGAAGUCAAACUGCUCAGGUUCUGAACCCAAGAUGAAUCCAACAUCUACGUCCAAUCUAGAGACCCAGUUCCAUUGCACCCUGGAGAAUGGGACCCUUAUCAAAUUAUCUGGGGGCAAAGAAGGAGAGGCUUUUCAGUUCUUAAUCAAUAAGAGCAUGAUAAUAACAAACUAUACAAAUGGGUUUGCAUUUUGCAGUCUACAAACCUGCUCUUCAAAUUGCUCUGGUAAUUUAACCACAGAGCCUGGUGAUGCCAGUAAUGCAGAGGAUGCCGAUAUUCUUAAAUAUGUCCUUGGUGGAAGUGCUCUUCUUGUGAUCGUCAUGCUUUCAUUUACACUCUUGUGCAUGUGUAAGAAUAAAAAAGGGAAGGAGAAUGCCCAUUCGGUGAUUACACAAAACAGGAGUGAUGAACAGCACGUUUCCCUAUCCACAAUGAUACCAGAGACUGCAAGCACAGCAAUCCAAGAUGACCAGGUUUAUACUCAGGUUGUUAAUAAAGGUGGAAAAAAGAAAUCCAAAUGCAAGCCUAAAGAGGACGGUGAGCUGGUUUACGCCCAGGUUGUUAUAAAAGAAGGCAAGAAGAAACCUAUUCAUGACGAAUCUGUGGUUUAUGAUGAAGUUAAGGAGAAAGACAAGAAUAAUCAACAACAGGAUGACAGCGUGGUUUAUGCUGCUAUUAACAAACGAAGAAAUAUAUAAUUGAAGGCAUUGUUUUAUAUAUAUAUAUAUGUAUAGAGAGAGAGAGAGAGAGAUGUGUGUGUAUCUGUAAGGAAUAAACCACGACAGGCUGUUCAGUUCUCAUGAAAUAUAUACACGCAUGGAUGGUGAUUUUUUUGUUUCUUAGUUCUUUGCAUAAUAAUGAAAACAUUGUGUUUUAAUGUUUUGAUAAGUCAGUUUUAACUUUCUUUGGCUUUAAGUUUAGGAGCUUCUAUUCAGUUCUAGUUGCUGUUUUGUUUUUACAUAUAAAGUUUGUAUCUAAAAUAUGCAAAGCAAUUGCAUUAAGUGUAUUAAUAAAGUUUUUUUUAUUUUCAUUUUUCUUUUUUUUAAGUAGAUGUGUUUCCUAAUGUGUGUUGUAUACUUUUCUGUUAUUUUCUGAAGUUGAUUGCUGUAAAAUAAUACUCCAUUGCAGUCACACAUUUGUAAUUUAAACUUGGUUAUAUUAAACAUGGUUGACUAUGACA